CGUCGUCGAGCCAGGCCACCCGGAGCAUCUCUGGGUUGUCCUCUACCUGCUAUCCCUCUGCAUCCUCCCGCAUCCCGCUGUACCCUACGGAAAUGUCUAAGGACCUACCUAUCAAUCACGGCUCGCUGGAGCACCUCCUGCCGCCGAGCUGGAAGGCCCAGGUUCCCGCCUGGCUCGCCGAGGAUACACCAUCGUACGACUACGCCGGCUUCGUCGUCGGCGAGCACCCGCGGACCGCCACGCUCUGGGGUAAGAGCACCGGCAUCCUUGCCGGCGUCCCCUUCUUCGACGAGGUCUUCCGGCAGUGCGGGUGCACCGUCGAGUGGCACGUGAAGGAGGGCAGCUCCGUCGAGCAGCCGGGGGACGGGUCGGGCAAGGCGAAAGUGGCUACGGUGACGGGGCCAGCGCGGGGGCUGCUGCUGGCCGAGCGGGUCGGGCUUAACCUGCUGGCGCGGUGCUCGGGGAUCGCUACGGCGAGCCGGGCCAUGCUGCUGAAGCUGCGGGACGCGGGGUACGCGGGCGCGUUGGCGGGGACGCGCAAGACGACGCCGGGGUUCCGGCUCGUCGAGAAGUACGGGCUGCUCGUCGGCGGCGCCGACGCCCACCGCAUGGACCUGAGCUCGAUGAUCAUGCUCAAGGACAACCACGUGUGGAGCCGCGGCAGCAUCACCGACGCCGUGGCCGCCGCCAAGCUGGCCGGCGGCUUCGCCCUCAAGGUCGAGGUCGAGGUCCAGAGCGAGGCCGAGGCCGACGAGGCCAUCGCCGCCGGCGCCGACGUCGUCAUGCUCGACAACUUCUCGGGCGACGGCGCGCGGGCCGCCGCCCGCAGCCUACGCGAAAGGUGGCGCGGCAAGCGCGAGUUUCUCAUCGAGGUCUCGGGCGGCCUGCGCGAGGACAACGUGAGCGCGUACGCCAACAAUGAUAUCGACAUCAUCUCCACGAGCUCGAUCCACCAAGGCACGCCGCAUGUGGAUUUCUCAUUGAAGAUCGACAAGGAUCAAAUCAAGCAUUGAGAAUUCCGAGGCACAACCUGUUUCUCCUCGGAGGAUGACACGUUGUCUUUUGUACAUUAGUCACGGAGGAUGCAGUAGGUAGGCACGCAACCAGAAUAGGUCGGUCAGCGAACGGAUAAAUUGAUGCAUACGUUGAUCGAUGGCAGCUGGUAGUGGGAGUGCCGAUAGCUUGUCGCGGCGAUCCCCGUCUCGACCAGACUUCAACAGUCAGAGAUGGCCCCGGUAGCGCGAAGA